AUGUCAGGUCCCAGCUCAAUCCCUUUACAACCUCCUAAUUACUCCUCUUCUUCCUCGUCUCUUCCCAAAGGUUCCGUGCCUACUCCCACCAAUGGCCCAGAGGCGAUGAAGCUCCAGCUCAACAUCCAGUCCCUAUCUUUAGACUGCUCGAUACCUCUCGGCUCGAAUCUGGGUCUGCAAGUAGCUGUUCCUCCCGCUCCCGGUUCCGCCCCGCAGCAGCAUCAGAAUAAUCCUCCUACUUCUACUUCCCAACCUGUCCCUUCAACAUCCACCACUCAACCCCAAGCUUCUUCUUCACCUCCAUCUGCCCCGGUCUUUGGACCCGAAUCUAUCUUACUUGGUCUUGCGAAUAGCUUUAUACAGCGCUUAGAGAGGGUAGAAAGGGAUUUGGACGAGGAGAGAAGGGUGAAUGUGGAAUAUAGAAGUACGAUACAGCGCUUGGAAGAAAGGUUGAAUGUGCUAGAGGAAAAUGCCAACAAUGGUCAGAACCAAAAACAGAAUCACCGCGGUGGCGGUAGCGGUGAUGGUGCAUGCAGAAAUGAAACACCUAAAAAUAGGGAAUACAAACUAGAUCCACCUUCACAAAUACCCAUACCCAUCUCUUUACCCACUCGAACUAUUCCUCAGAGAUAUACUGCUACACAGGAAAUCGAACCUGAUGCUAUCGAUGAGCGAGAUACGUGGAACAGUCCUCAACCUCAUUCUCAUCAAGGAAUAAGGAGCAGUCGAGAAGAAGAGGAAGAGAUGGAUGAUCCGACGGGAUUGGGGCUGGAUGAUGAUCAGGCAAUUUUGUAUGGAUUCAAGCCUAGAAACAAGGAUUAG